CCACUCGAGACACGUUGUGUAGAAGAAAUCGGAUAACAUACGGAAUAAAAAUUUACCACGUGAACCAUAACCAACGGCAAGUCGUCUGAUGGUAAUAAAAAUAUGGCGACGAGGACGGCACUGAAGUUUGCAAAGGACCUUAAAGAAUUAAGGUUGCAUUUAUGCCAGACCUCUGCUGCCAGUAAGGGAGUAAGGGACUUCAUUGAGUCACAGUACGUUAGCUUGAAAACUUCCAACCCCAAGUUUCCCAUCUUGAUAAGAGAAUGCAGUGGGAUUCAGCCUCGACUUUAUGCCAGAUAUGAGUUUGGAAAGGAAAGCAGCGUUUCUCUGGCAAACUUAAAAGCUGAAGAGGUUUUGAAGCAAGUGGAAAGACUCUCAAAAUCUUAUUAGAACUAAUUUUGUUUUAGAAACAGUUGAUGUAUAUUGUAUUUUGUUUGUAGAUAUGUAUUUAAUUUAUAUGUAAAUGUCAAACAUUUGAGACCAUGGAUAUGAGAAUGUGAAUAUUUUCUGUCAUCGUUAGUACUGGAUUGUUUAUCUUUAAUCAUGUUUUUAUUUGGUAAAAUCUUGCACAAUAUAAACAGCCAGAACAUA